UGCAGUCAAGAACAGGAAAACGGUGUUGUCUAUUCUUCUUUCACUUGCGAGAGGCAGCAAUGCAGAGAUGUACGUCGACGGGUUCGCUUGCAUUAUUGUGCUUCUGUACAUUUCUCCAACAUUUUUCUGCUUUCACGCCAAAGACGGAGAAAAACACAACUUAUGCAUCAAAGACAGAACCCUGGUAAUACAGACAGUGAUGUCAAAUGUUGACAAUGCUUCCAUCAACUGCGGAGGUCUGAAAGCUAAUAAGGAGAAUGUUCGCAUCACACUAUACAAAAAGACAGAGCUGCAUUUUACAGAUUUCCAAAAGACUGUAGUAGCAAAAACUACAAAGGAAAAGCAAAGGUUUAGUGUUCAUGUUAUGAAUGACACUAUAUAUUAUGUGAUAGACAUGCCUCAAGUCAAUGACACAGGCUUGUACAACUGUACAGUUGCACAUGGAGACACUUCCAAAACAACGUACACCUAUCUUCUUGUUAAAGAACCAAGUCUUCAGCCCUGUCUUGAAGAGGGACACUCAGUGUUUUGGAUAAUGCUUGCUGUAGGCUGCGGGUUACUGGCUUUGUAUAACAUUAUCCCUACAAUUGCCUGCUGCUCCUUUGCUUGGAAACUCCGGAAUCAGGACACAUACCAGAAUGAUUACUUCAACACAAGGCCGGGAGAAUUCUCAAGAGUCAAAUAAGUUCAGCAUCAGCUCCAGCUGCCAUUCAUCCACUGGCCAUAACACUUCUAACUGACCAAGAAAAUCCAGUCACCUUAAUAAAAACAUUGUCCUGAUCAUCUAAGCAUCAUUUUUUAUAUGUGUGUAAUUUAUUAAAAUACUUUGUGAAUAUGGACUUACUGUGCAAACUGUUCAAUAAAACAAAAUGUGUGAAUUUGA